AUGAAGCUCGACGCGAAGGCAAUUCGUUACCUCACAAGUGAGGAUUUCAAAGUUCUUGCGGGGUACUUAUCAGCCCCUCCACCCCGCCGUGUUGAAACCGGAAGCCGAAAUCACGAAGUUGUUCCGACCCCACUCAUCGUGCAGCUUUCGGGUCUCCGAGGUGGCAGCGGCGUGCAUCGCGCCAUCUCGAAUCUAGCCAAGAUUAACCUGAUCGCAAAAGUGAAGAACGCAAAGUAUGACGGAUACCGCCUCACCUACGGUGGUCUCGAUUACCUCGCUCUCAACGGACACCAAAAGCAAAAAGUCGUCUACUCCGUCGGCAACCAGAUCGGCGUCGGCAAGGAAUCAGAUAUUAUCGUGGUCGCGCACAGCAGUGGAGCACAACGCAUUCUGAAGAUCCACCGUCUCGGCCGUAUCUCCUUCCGAACCGUCAAGACAAAUCGUGACUACCUCCGACACCGCCACACCGGAUCCUGGAUGUACAUGUCGCGCCUGGCCGCGAUGAAAGAAUUCGCCUUCAUGAAGGCCCUCCGCGAAAACGGAUUCCCUGUUCCCGAACCCAUUGCACAGAACCGGCACACCAUUGUCAUGAGUCUGAUUGAUGCGUUCCCGCUGCGUCAGAUCGCCAAAGUUGCCAAGCCCGCGAAACUAUACUCUGAGUUGAUGGAUAUGAUUUUGGAGUUGGCGCGCUUUGGUUUGAUUCAUGGUGACUUUAACGAAUUCAAUUUGCUUAUCAAAGAAGAAGUGAUUCCGGAUGCGGAUGGCAAUGUUCCGGAUAUUGAAGAUGCGCAUGAUGAUCAGAUCAAGUUGACUCCGAUUGUCAUUGAUUUCCCGCAGAUGGUCUCUAUUGAUCAUGCGAAUGCGGAGAUGUACUUUGAUCGUGAUGUGAACUGUAUCAAGCGGUUUUUCCAGCGAAAGUAUCAUUUUGUUAGUGACGCGCCAGGUCCAUUUUUCAAGGAUGCGCGGAAGAAUUUCUUGAAGAACCCUGGCAAACGACUUGAUGUCGAGGUCGAGGCUUCUGGUUUCUCAAGGAAGAUGGCACGCGAGCUUGAGAAGUAUAUGGAGGAAGUUGGCGCCAAUGCGGGCGAGGGUGAAGGUGAAGGAGACGAGGAAGAGGAGGAUGACUCCGAGGAGGAAGAAAAUUCCGAGGAAGAGGAAAUGAAUGAAGAUGAACCAGAGCAGUCUAGCGCGGCAGACGAGAGUGCCCAGCGAUUAGAAGCACUGGAGAUCUCGGGAUCAUCCGAAAAGUAG